AUGCGGCAAAACGAAGCUGCGGGGGACAAUAUGGACCUGGAUGUUGAUGAAGAAGGAAGCAGUGAUGAAGGAAGUUCGCUCAGUUUGGGUUCCCCGAAGCAUGAAAAUCGUACAAGCUUUUUCAUGGGUCAGCCGAAGCCAUCAGACACUGCACUAGAAGAUCGAUCGCCCCCUCCUCAGCUUCGAAAUCGCUCUAUCGACGUAAACACUCCUCGGCGACAACAAGACGCGGAAGAGGAGCUCGAAACCGCUGCAAAAUGCUCCGAACUUCUCUACGAAAACAUCGGCCAUUACUUCCGGCUCUUCGCCGACGAUCAGGAUAUGAAUGCUCGACUUUUUACUUCGUCGAGCCAGAUUAUACUCACGGCGAACGGAUUUGGGCGAGACCAGAUUGUGGAAGAAAAUCAAAGCGAAAAGGAAGACGACAUUGUUUUCGAACAUCAGCAGACCAAGGAGGAGCAGAAAAAGACGAUUCACGACUACGAUUUCGAGCAAAUGUCAGACGCCUCUGUUUCGCUAUCUAAAAAUGUCGUCGAUUCUUCGGUCGGAAGAGAUGUGCCUAGCACAGCUCUUCUUGCAGUCCGAUGCUGCUUAAUAAGCAGUGCUUAUUCCUGCAUUUCUGAGCUUGGCGAACUUGGUCUGGUUCAGUUUCGCGACUUGAACGCCGAUGUCUCCGCUUUCCAGCGCAAAUUCGUUCCAGAACUUCGCCGCUGCGACGAGAUGGAAAGAAAACUUCGUUACUUGGAAGAAGAGCUUCAAAAAGCCGAUAUUCCGGUCAUCGACAACAAUGAGAGUCCCGAAGCUCCCUUGCCUAAGGAGACGCUUCCUUUAGAAAACGAUCUGGAACAGCUGGAGAAGCAGAUGCGUGAAGUCUCGCAGAAUCAAGAACAGCUGAAUAAGAACUUUUCCGAGUUGACGGAGCUCAAGCACGUUCUCCGCAAAACUUAG